AUGGAGGAUUUAGAAAAGUCUUCAAUAUUUAAUAAAAUGGGUUUGAGGAGUCGGUAUGAUCUUCGCUGGCAGAGGCAGGCUGCAGGCGGAGGGCAGUCCUGGAGAUGGGAACAGUGUACAGACAGAGAUGCUGGGACAGAGAAACUUAGAGAAGAAUUCACAGAGCAGACAGAGAUAAUCCCAAUUGUGGACUCGGAAUCUCCUCUUGCUUUUCCUCCCGCUCCUUCUCCAGAGGAUGAAUUGGGCCCAAUUCCUGAGUACACCAACAUGAAUGCCUCUUCCAUUCCCUUCACUCUGUAUGGAGUAAUUUCUGUGAUCCUGGGAAUCUUCAGCCUGCUGCUCUUGGUGUUGUGUGGAUUCUUUGGUUAUCAGUACUUUGAAAGUAUUCAGGCAUCAGAGAGCAAGAUGAAGAACCUCAACCAAUGGAUCGAGUCUUUCCAAAACGAAGCAGAAAAACUUCCUCAGGUCCAAAACAAUCUCGAUGAAAUCAAAGAAACCCUAGAUCGGCUCCAAAGGCAGAAUGAGCGUCUCAUUGAGGCUUUAAAAGAACUAAAUGCAAAGCAAGGAGACCAGCAUGGACCUCCUCUGCAUGACUGCGUGAAAUACGGAGACUACUACUACCACCAAAGCACAGAAAUGGUUCCUGGGUCAAAGUGUGCCGAUGUUUGUGCCUGUUUGAAUGCUACAUUUUUAACAGCAGAAAAGAACAGAUCGAUGAAUAUCACCAUGUUACCUUCAGUGACUCAGACUUGGCUUGGCAUCUCCUACAAUAAAACAGGCAAUAGGUGGGAGUAGGAGGACGGCUCCUCCCCGUCUAUUGACGCGAGUUUACCAAACCCAAGUCUGGAUUUCCAGGGCAUAUGCAUGUAUGUAAAGGCACACACCUUUGGGACUGAUGACUGCACCACACCCUCUUUGUGCAUGUGUGAGAAGCCUGCCUUCUAACACCUCAGAAGAAGAGUGUAAAAGAAAAGCCGAGGCUUGGAUCCCAAUAUUCCAUAUUCAAGAUCUGUCUGCCUUUAGUCUGUUGUUAUUUCAUGUUAUUCAGAAUUAUUUUUUUCAUGGCGGAAAGAGGUAAAUGAUUUUAUGAUAGCAGGGCACUGUAUAUGAUUACAGCAAAAAAUAUCAUGGUAGCCCAGAAAACUUAGAAA